AGGUGGCACCCGCGCCGGGGCCGCCCGCCGGGUGGACGAAUCCCCUGGUCCUCGCCAGGGGAGUUCCCCGAGCGGCGUCUCGCCAAGGGCACACAGGUUCUUGCCCUGGCUGGCCUCAGACUCUCCAUUCUUCUGCUUCCAGGAAUCUUCCAAAAUCCAUCCCAGCUGUUUGGUUACAGGUGCCAAGAAUGCUGCCUAAGCCUGGGAUCUGUUACCUCCCCUGGGAGGUCAGUGCUGGACAGGUCCCUGAUGGGGAUGCACUCCGAACAUUCGGCAGAUUGUACCUCUACGACAUGACGCAGUCUCGAGUGACUCUGACGGCACAGCACGGAUCUGAUCAGCACCAGGUGCUUGUCUGCACCAAGCUGGUGGAGCCAUUCCAGGCCCAGGUGGGCUCCCUGUACAUGGUCCUUGGGGAGCUUGAGCACCAGGAGGAUGGAGGUUCCGUGGUGAAGGCCCGGGUGCUGACCUGUGUGGAGGGAAUGAAUCUGCCCUUGUUAGAACGAGCCAUCCAGGAGCAGAGACUGUACCAGCAAGAGAGGGACAGCAGCCACUAGGAAACACCAACCUAACCCCCCUAACCC